AUGGAAGACUGGGAGAGUAUUGGGAGAACUAUGGUUCGAAAAGCGCAGCAUACCAAAUGGUGGUGUAGUCGACUGAAUCAUUACUAUAAGUAUUGCCUAGCUAGGAGUCCUUUUGCAGAAGUACUGCAGGCAAUGUCAAAUACGGAUGACUCUGCGAAUGCUGUUACAGAUGAUUCUCCUAGUUAUCCUAUACAUUCUGUAGAUAAUCUUUACCGCGGAGACCUUAUUGCAAUGGAUUUUAUCUGCAUCUAUUGGGUCGAUGGUGACCAUACACCACGCUGGAAAGAAUGCAAAUAUUCUGAUGAUUUUGAUGGUAAAGACGAAGUGCCGACGUCGUACACAUCUCCAUGGUGGGCAGCAGGAUACCGCUUCGGAGCAUAUGAUGAAUAUUGGGGUGAAUAUUUCAAUACUGACGAUGUAAUGUGGUAUAAUGACAAUCAAAGUCAAAAAUAUUGUAAUGAUCUUCACUUCCAUAUUAAGCCUAUUUAUUUGAAAUUGAGUUAUGAUUAUUCAAUAUCUAACGACAAAUGUUAUUGGGAAUAA